CGUCUGAACUGAUUUCCUCUAGUGUUUUCCUUUCCUCUCUCGCUGCUCAGAUCUUUAUUGUUUUCUUCGGUUUACUUCUCGUGUAGUUUGCUCUUUUUCGUUGGUGUUUUCUAAGAACCCGGUGUUCGCCGGCACAGGGGUGGCCGCAGCUGGGCUGCCGUGUCCCCCGUUCACUUCCGCUGGGCCGGAACCCGUCGUGGUGUCCUCUUCUGCGCUCGGCUCUCCUGCGCACGCCGGUCGUGGGUCCCCCGGGCUCUCCUGCAUUUGAUUUCUGCCUCCGCGUCUGUGUGGCCAGGGCUCACGCCUUCUCUGGCCUCGGUGCUUUAACGCCGCAGCCCCCGCGUGUGGCGAACGUCGCGGGCGGGCUGAGCGCUGCUCUGCGGGCUCCCGGGCGUGCGCGGCGCGUGGCCAGGCUCCCGCGCUCGCUCGGGUCUGCGUCUUUCUUCGGCUGCGAGCAUUUCUCUUCCCUCCUCCUGGGUCGCGGGCUUGCAGGGGAGCUCGCGCGUCUGCUCUCUGCUGGCCUUCUGCCCGCCCGCGGCCUCCCUCUGCGUCUCCCGGGCUGCUGUCGCAUGGGGGCCUUCCGGGGUCCCACGCUCCGUCGCUCUGUCUUUGGGCCUGAAGUCGGUCUCUCGCGACAGCGGGUGGGCGAUCUGGUGCUGUUUCUGUGUCUGUUCUGUGAACUGCAGUCCGACAGUCGCGUCCGUGUGGAAGGACUGAGUUCAUCCACCUCCGUCGUCUUCCGCUCGGCGGUGCGCCCGCCGUUCCCUGCUCCUUUCCCAUCUCGCCCGUUCAUUCGCUCGUUCAUUCCUCUGUUCUGCCCCUGCCGCCUAUUUUUUACUGAAUAGGUCAUUUCUAUGGUCCUGCUGACGAUUAUUCAUUUUUAACUCUUCUGAACUAUUUCCUUAAUGGUUGCUUUCUGGGGGGUCUUCCUGUGUUGUUCUGUGUGUUUUCUCAGGUGCCUGCUUAUCCCUGCGCACCGGCCUCGGUCUCCGAACACCUCCCUGUGCAGUUGGAGGUCUUGGACGAGGGUCCGCUUCUUCCAAGCUUCUCCCUGGUUUUCCCAGGCACCUGGGAGAGCCACCAUCCUGGGACCGCCAAGGUGGUGCCCCCAGACCCCUCUCACCUGAGGGAGGUCGGGGCUGCCUCCUGAGGAGAAAUCCCCCCACCUGGUUGUGAGCAGCCUGGGCUCCCAACUUCCCUCCUCUCAGAGCCAGGGUCAGGGCAAAAGGGGCUUGUGUUUUCUGAGUUUAGGCUUUCUAGUGGAUCUAGGCCCAGUGCCUGCCAGUGCUUCUCCUUAACUCUGUGUUACUCCUGCAGACUCCUAAAAUACACAGCUCUUAGCCGAACAGAGAGGAGUGUCGUCAGUGCGUCACGUCUGCGGUGGAAUGUGGCAUUUGCAGACCGUAUGAGCAGGAAAGCCCUCUGGGACUCAGAGUUUGAGCAGAGACACGCAGGAAGCUACUGGAGGACGACGUGAUGAUGCCUCAGAGGGUGAGGCUCCAGCUGGAGGCUGCUGCCCAGCACCCGACAAGCGCUGUCCCCAGACGGUCCCCAGGACGUCCCCAGGCUGCUGUACAGACUGAGUUUCCAGACUUCAGGGAUCACACACAGUCCAGGAUCCCGAGCGUUCUGCUAACUACUGGCUGCACAUGCUCUCGGAAAGACAGAGGAUUUCCCAGCCUGAUCAGAUACGGGUCUUUGUUAGUUCCCUGCUGGUAUGCUAGCUCUCGCCAGAUUAUUGGUUGCCGAGUAAGGAGAGAGCCCCCCAACUCCACUGAGCGAUACACACGGUGGAUCAACCAGCUAACGCCGGACCAGCUUCUUACUCAGGUUUUUACGUCCCAUGGCCCGACUGUGAUCAUGCCGACCUGGUUCUGCUCCCGAGCAUGGUUUUUCCACGUGGGCCCAUUUGAUGAAGGCGGGCAGGGUGUGCCUGAGGACCUGCUGUUCUUCUACGACCACCUCAGGAAGGGCGGCGGGGUCGUCCGCGUGGACCAGAGCCUCCUCCUCUACCGCUACCUCCCAGAUGCCGCCACCCACUCUGUCCUCGAGACCACCAUCUGGACCCACCGUGUCCGCUUCCUGGAAGAACGGGUCCUGCCGCGCUGGGCAGCUUUCACCAUCUGGAACGCGGGCAGGCAGGGCCGCCGGCUCUACCGCAGCCUGACGGCUGAGGCACGACGCAAGGUGGGCCGCCAACCCCGACCUCCUCACCCCCGCCCAGCAGCUCCGUCCCCGUGGCCCCCCCCGCCCCGUCUCCCGUCCGAGGCUGGUGUCCUCUGCGCCCCCCAGGUGGUUGCCUUCUGUGACGUGGACGAGAACAAGAUCAGGAAAGGCUUCUACUGCCACGAGGACUCUCAGGUGUGUGGGCCCCGCGCCCCGGGAAGGACGGCCUCCUCCCACAUGGGCUGUCCUCACCACCCCAGCUCCGACCCGGGGUAUGUGGAGCAGCCGUUGCCCAGAGCCUUCCUCCUUGGGGAAGACCACCAGGCCCAGCAGCAGUGGCCUCACUGCUGGGGAUCUCCGAACCCAGAAUGGCCUGUGUCCCUGCCUAGUCUAGGUGCCCUGUCCGCGUGCAGGUCCAGCAUGGCAGGGCGUCCUGUGGGACCGGCAUGGACCCCAGCCCACAAGACCUCUUGUUCUCAGGAAAGGCCUAAGCCUCGUGUUCCAAUCCUGCAUUUCCGAGCUGCCCGGCCCCCCUUCGUCAUCUGUGUGAAGCUGGACCUCACUGGGGGUGCGUUUGAGGACAACCUGAGGUCGCUGCACCUGCGGGAAGGCCAGGACUUCCUGCACUUCAGCUGACGGGCCCCGGCAGCCACUCCAGCCCCCGCGGGGGAGACGCCCAUCAACACAUCCGUGUGUCCGCGCCUGCCGACGUAAGUGCAGACCCCGACCGAGCCCAGGCCCCAGCAGCACAAGGCCCUCCUGGGGCCACCGCUGGACCGCUCCAUGGUGGGUAAGGAGGGGAGGGGCCGCCUUGCAGGGGUGCACACGGGAGCGAGCACGGUCCUAGACUGUGGCGGGUCCCCCCACGUGCUGCUGGGACUUGGUAGCCGGCGUGCCCCACUGAACCUGCACCCCUGGGCUGUAUUCUCCUGCUCUCCACGCUGCCCCCGUGCCCUCCAGCCCCGCCCCCACGCCCCACACGUCCUCACCCCUGCCACCCCAGUGCAUCGGGUCAGAGAGCCGACACCCCGCAGGACACUGCACCAGAGACAGGUCCGGGGCCCAGCUCUGCGCUGAGGGACCCAGGAGAAGCCAGUGGCCCCGGGGGCCCCAGAAAGAAGCGGCUCUCGGGGACACCUACUCCGCCAUUUCGGAGGUUUGAACACAUCGCUAGGGCUUUCCCACACGGCCGAGCAAAGGCCCACAGGCCCCCUCAGGAGAGGCACCCGCGUCAGGCCCUCCACACCCUCCUGCCCCCUUGGAGGCCCCGGCCAGCCCGCGAGCGCGAACCCAGUGGGCACGCCACCCCGUGCUGCUCCCUUCUCGGCAUUCCCGACACGACCCCGUCAGCACCGAAAGCCCGCGAGGCAACUGCUCAGCGAGAGCAGCCCCCAGAGAGACAGACUGUUAGUGCUCAGAACGGCCCGCCUUGGCGCUCAGAGCGCCUUCCCACAGCAGGAGGCGCCCCCUCCCCUCCCUGUGUCCAGGGGGCCGGCCCAGUCCCUCAGGUGUCAGUGGGGACCUGCAGGCAGACACACAGGCAUCAAGGGCUGGGACCCUUGCACUUCCUGUCCCUCAGGGACAGACAAGGAGGUUGUGGAUGGCCCCGUUCACGGAGAAGCCGCCCCUUCCCGGCAGGACGCUGGGAAGGGGCCUUGCACUCACCAGGCCGUGGUGCCCAGCACAGUCAUGACCUCAUCAAGGACAUCCUCAGCCACGAUGUCACUGUAGGUGAGCAGCAUCUCGUACACCUGGCUAGCCGUGGUCUUCCGGAUCUGCGCGGGACAGAAUGUGUCACCAGGAGGGAAAGGCCCAUCAGAACCCAAGCAGAGUGACAGGACCCUGCCCGGGAAGCAGGGACAUGGGGUUGGGCACGAUCCCGGGUCCGAACGGAACCUAACACCAUACAGGUUAUUAGAAGUGAGGAGGUGACCUGGGAUCCUGCCUCAGGAGACCCUGGCCACAGCUGGGUAGGGCUGUGGGGCAGGCCACCCCGUUUCCCCUGCUGCCCCAUGGCAGCCUCCCCUUCAGAGAGAAGCCAGGCCACCUUGCUCUGACCGAAAUGCUUCGUGGAAAACCUGCCCCUCGCCAGGGAAACGGCCUUACCUGCUUCCUUCCCCAGCUGCCCACUGAAAACACCGCUCAAGGGGCCAAUGGUCUCAGGCCCACCCCAGGGUAACUCCUCAGCAGGCUGGGCAGCCUGAGAACCUGCAUUUCUGAUGGGGGUGCUGCUGCAGCCGGGUCCAGGGACCCCAUUUGGAGAACCAAUGGGUUCGGUAUAAAUGUCACUUGUACCUUUUAGGAAGAUGGCUCAUUUGGAUUAUUUGAAGAGUGUGUUUUUAGCCAGUGGAAAAUGGAAUUGGCAGGAUACCUGACCUCUGCGGGGGGUGUCCAAACGAGGGUGCUGGUCAGGUGAGGGCCCCCACGCAAACCCGGCAGGGGUCAGGGCCCCAGGCGCCACCCCGGGAGCAGCCGCGAGCACACUCACCACAGGGAACGGGUGGCAGAGAAGCAGGCAGAGCUGCAGGAGGGCCUUCUUCCUCACACCGCCCGGGAACUGCACCAUCCCACAGAACCUGCGAGGCGACAGGCUUCAGCGUCCACGGCAACAACGGGGCCGGCCGAACUGGGUCCGCUUCUGGAAAACCUGCCUCAUGGGAGGACUCCCCGAAGCAAGGCCCAGCCCCCCCGGGAGGCCGUCCGCACCGCUCCCUGCGACGGACCCAGAACGUUCCCCACGGACGUCAGGGCUCCAGCCCCAGACACUGAGGUUGACUCUCAGCCCCUCCCGCCUGCCUGGCCCUUCGUUUUACGGCCACAGCGAGCAUCCUGGCACUUACACGGCGACGCUCGACCGCAGUUUCUGCACGUCCUUGGACUUCCUGACCUCCUCCUUACAAAGCGCGAGCAGCUUCACACCGAAGGGGUGGCUAGAGGGAAAGCACAGGACGCAGGAGACGAGCUUUCUGGGAGCACGAGCCGCCCGGAAACGCUGCGCCGUCGAGGGACUGAGCAGAGGGCCAUGUCCCCCGGGGUGCCACACAGCUACAUGAACUGGCUCCUUUGCCCGGGCCUGCCCCGGGCACACGCCUCCCCAACAGGAGGGGACCCAGAGAAGCCGUCCCCGGCAGGUGCCAAAGAGUGCGGGCUCAGCCCGGGAGCAAAGGACGACCGACGUGGAACCGGGCCCAGCUCCCGGGCCCAAGAGGAACGCAGAGUGGCCGGAGCACAGACGCAUAGCCUCGUCCACUCUGCACAGCUGAGGACAACCUGGGGCCAGGCCGGCAAGGGUCCCUACAACACAGACCUGCUCCUCCUCCCCCGGCGCCGCUGCCAGAGCCCCACCACCCCUGCGCCCUCUUCCCUGUCCCCAGGGAAGGCAGCUCUCGGUCUCUCUUCACCAGCCGGUCCCCCGCCCGCCGCCUCCACAUCCUGGUCACCCAGAGCCAUCAGCUGCACCUCCAGCCCCCUCCCCUCUGCAGGCUUCUCCCACAGCUCACGGAAACACUUGUGAGGACCAAGUGACCACCGUGUCCCCCACCUACGUGACCACGUGGCUCACAGCACCGACGACCCUGUUUGACCUCUUCCAGCUCCUCCCACUUCCCGGUGGCUCUGCUGCCCCCUCCGCUCCCUGUCCUCCUAACAACGGGCCACCCCCAGCUCCACUGGGGCCGUUCUUGGUCUACGCUGGCCCCGCUGCUGACCUCAUGGGCUCAUACACCACCCACCCUCUGAGGGCUUUCCACCGGGUUCCAGGCUCGAAGAUCCACCUCCUGUGGAGCGAAUGAGCAUCAUGGACCCAACAUUAAUGCCAUAGACUGAAUGAGCCCCCAGAUUCGCAUGGUGAAGCCCGGAUCCCCCUCGUGAAGGUACUACCAGUAGGGCCUCAGAGGCAAUAGGCCAUGAGCCUGAGUCCCCACGAUGGCAUGAGUGCCAUCACGAGAAGAGACACGGAGAUGACUUUCCGCCCGUCUGGUGCCCUGGCCCCAGCCCUGGCCCUCCUGCCUUCGGAACUGUGCGGACUGUUUCUGCCGUGUAAGCUGCUCUGUGGUGCUUCUCUCGGAACCUGAGCUGGAGAGCAUCUGGCCCACCCCUGGAGCACCGGCCUCCAACCCCGGAGACAACCCCGCCCUCCUGGCUGCAGUCUGUUCCCCCACACCCACCUCCGGGCCUCUAGCAGGUCUGCCGGCUCCCUGCACCGAGAACCCACACACCCAGUCUCUGCUGCCACUUCUCCCUGCCGGGACCCCGAGGCCCUUCUCCAGGCAGCGGGUGGAAGGCCCGCUGCCUCCACUCCCAGAGCUGAGGCUGCCCCUGGAGGUGCCUCAGAACGAGGGUGUACCGACGGCCGGAGGGCCCGAGCGUGCUGUCCCUAGCCCGCAGCCGCAACAAGACCCGAAACCUGGUCCCGAUAAACACAAGCACCCGCCAGACUGGGAAGAUCGCCCAGGGGGAGAGAGCACCCCCGGCAGGCAGUCCAGAGACCCGCAGGCGGACGUGGGCCGGGAGGCUCCAGACGGGUCCCACCUGCCCGCCGUGCCUGGGAAGGGUGAACGAAGGCCCCACAGCCAAGCUCCUCCGCCGCCUCAGGUCAGCCGCAUGCCCGGCUUCUCAGGUGCGGCGUCCAGACAACGGACAAGCAGACAUAUGAGAAAGCCCACCCUGUGGGCUGCAGAAACCAGACACCCACGUGAGCACGGAGACCAGACACGCGGGAAGACCGCAGCGCUGGAUCCCGGAGGGCGGAAGGCCAGCGGGCUGCAAGACCAAAUAAAAAGCUGCAUUUGGAAGCACACAAAAACUGAAACUGAGAACCCCACCCGUGAGUCUGGCUGGGGGUCAGGACUGCGCUAGGAGAGGUUGGCAGGCAGAGGCCCUGGGAAAACCUGGAAUGCAGCACAGCCUCAGGGCAGGGCCAUGGUCGGGGGGAGGGGGGUGGCAAGAAUUUUCUAGAACAAAUGAAAAUAAAGCCACAUCUUCAAGUUUAACGAAUUCCUGGUCAAAUAGUGGAGUAUAUAAUUGACAGCUAGACCUGUCUGAGUGGUAGAAAUGUUGAGAUUUCCCAAAGAGAAAAUCUUCAAAAGAGGAGAAAAUCCAGACUGUACAAGACUCCAGACUUACAGGCAACGUCUCAAAAGGAACAGAAGCCAGAAAAAGAAAGAUGUUUAGGUCCCAAAAUACAACGUCUGCCUACAAUUCUACACCCUCUGAAGGUAACCUGCAAACAAGACCGGAAAGCGCUCGCUGGCAGCGGACGUCACUGGCCGAACCUCAGAAGGACAUGUCUGAGCCAGAGAAGCAGGACCCAGCCUCACACGGGAGCCCGGGCGGUGGGCCAGGAAGCAGACAGCAAACACGUGGACGACGUAAGCACUAACGGCACAAAGCUACAGUGUGCGAACACAGACACGUGACACAACCCAGAUGGCGAGCUCACACGAAUGGAACACGUUAACACCCUUGGUUUUGCCCAGGAAGAGGGCAAAACACAGAAAAUUAUGCUCUGACAGGGUGGCCACCGAAAGAACAGGAAGGGCUGGAAAGUUCUGCUGGAAUGAGAAACACUCUUUCACUGAUCAGACAGGAGGGCAGGAGGAAGGGGCUGCACAGCAGGGCCGGCGGGAGGCGCACGCAGACGCAGGUCUCAGAUGACCGCAUCGGUUACAUGUCGGAGGCGGUCAGACUGGGCUUCACCGGCUCGUCAGAGAUGCAGCAGGACAGCAGCGCGGGAAAACACCCGGGGCCGAGAACAGAGCGGGGCCAGAGGGGUACAAGUUCAAAGUCCCAAGAAGCUGCUGCAGCCGGGCCAGCACACGAGCAAACAGUAGCGAUGAAGUGGGUCGUGGGACACCGAGACUCAGCCUUGACCCCGCACGGACCAAAGCAGGGAGUGACAAAGCUACAGAGAAAUAAAGCUGUUUGUGGCCGCA